UGAUUUCCAUUUUUUUACUUUUUUUUUUUUAUGAAUGUAGAUAUCACAGAAAAACAAUCACGCACACAAAACGAGGCAAUCUUCUUCUUUGCAGUAGCUGUUGCACAAUUGCAGAUUCCUUUCUUUCAUUUUUAUCAUUUCUUCUGUUUUGCUUCGUUGCUGCUGCUGCUGCUACUUUUCUCGCACUCUCUCUCUCUCUCUCUGCUUCUGCAAAAUCUUUGCUUUUGGAGCCUGAAGAGUGAUGCAUCUCAGGCCUCACAUUCAUUGCUUUCAAUCUUUCAGGUUUCCGUUAAUGGCUUUGAUUUUAUGACUUCCCAACUACUCUUUGCUGUUUAAUGUUACCUUCUUCCUCUGAAAACAACUGCUCCCACUGAGCCUUUUAGCUUUCUUCUGUGCUCUGUUCUAACCUGAAAGAAAAGUCCAACCAUUUGUACUUCGUUUUCGAUUUUCACUCUCUAUGUCUUGUCCCAAUCCUAUAAUAAAAGCUUUCUCCAAGUGGGUUUCUCAUUUCUUGUAGAACACAUCAUCUCCUGUGGCUGGAAAAAGGUUGCUCUGUCUUGCUCUGUUCUAAUCUAAAGUUGGAUUUUGAAGGAGAAAAGGUUUUGCCUUUUCUUUAUUAUCAUUUCCUUCGUUUUGCUAGCGUUGAAGUUGUGGGUUUUUAUUACUGUUUCCAAGUAUUUCUUUUACAGAUUCCCAAGGCCAAAGUUUGCUCCAUAAAAUGGGGUGUUAAAUUUGUAGUGAAAAGUUUGGUCGUUCAAGCUGUUAUGUUCAGUUGUUUUCUUUGGGUCUUUUAAGGAUAUUUCUCUUUGGACAUCAGGAAAAUGCGGUUGGUCUACAUUACCGGUUCGUGCAAUUUCUACUGAAAAAUUUUGAUUUUUCAAGGUCUUCAUCAUUCUAAGAUAUUCUGUUUAGAUACUAAAAAAUGAAGUUUAUUUCAUGAACUGGGUUUUCCUUUCUUCUCUAAAAUAUGGGUUCUGCGAGCUCCAAAGCAGACAGAAAUGAAGCUUUGCGCCUAUGCAAAGAACGCAGGAGAUUCAUAAAGCAAGCAAUUGAUUCAAGGUACAGUCUCGCUGCAUCUCAUGUCUCUUAUAUUAACUCUUUGAAAAACAUUGGCAUAGCUCUCCGGCGAUAUGCCGAAGCAGAGAUUUUGAUGGAAUCUUCUCUAUCAACAACCUCAGCCACUGAACUUUACAAGACUCCAUCACACUCUUCAUACCCCUCUCCCUCUCCCUCUCACGUUCCAGAGGCUUCGGAUUCACCCUUGCAUAAUGAAAGCCCCAUUUCACCCCCAGUGAUUAAUAUAAGUUACAUGAGAGUUAGGGGUGCUACUAAUCCAGUGACUGUCAAGAUUAAUUUGAAUAAUAGUACUGAUGGUUUUGUUGAGGAUGAAUCAUUUUGCAUGCCAAUGCCACCGCCACCACCUCCUUUUGAGUCGGGUGGUUCUUGGGAUUAUUUUGAUCCUAGUAAUAAUUGUGAAAGUUUUAGAUUUGUGAGGGAAAAUGAAUUGGAUGCGGAUUUUGAUGAUGCUAGAGGAUUGAACGAAUUUAGGGGCGAAAGGGUUGGCAUUGACCAUAAUAUAGUAGAUGCAAAGGGGAAAUGGACGAAAGUUAGUUUAGAGGGACAUGGUAAAGGACAUGAAGGAAUUAUAGGGCCUGGACUGAAGAAAAAGGAUUUAGAAACCUCAGGUAACUCUGCAACACGAAAUGGCAGUUAUGUUAUAAGAGUAGAUAGUAAUGCUCAUUCAGGUAGAUUGAUGGGAGUUGAAGGUUCUACUAGAAAACCAAUGGAUAUUCAAGGGGGGCAGGUGGAAAUGGCCCAAAAUGCCAAUGGUUUAACUCUUGAGCGGUCAGGUUCAAAGAAAGAAAAAGAAAUGGCCAUGAAAGAUUUAUCUGCAGAGAGAGAAGAUCCAUCGGAGUUCAUUACCCAUAGGGCUAAAGAUUUUCUGUCAAGCAUAAAGGAUAUAGAACAUCGAUUCUUUAGAGCUUCUGAAUCUGGCAAGGAAGUCUCGAGGAUGCUUGAGGCAAACAAUAUAAGAGUUGGAUAUUCUGAGAGGAAAGGGAGUUCGUCUGCAUCAGCAUUUCUGACAGCUUUCCAUAUAUGCUGCCGUGGAAAGACUGCACUUGUGUCUCAUGAACAUGUUACUAAGGUCAUUACAUGGAAGCGGACAGCAUCUUCAAGGUCAUCUUCAUCAAGAAAUCCACUUGCUGUGGCAACAAGAGAUGAUAUCUCUGAUAGUGGUAGUGAUUUUGUUGAAGAGUUCUGCAUGAUUGCUGGAAGUCACUCUUCUACCCUUGAUAGGCUAUAUGCAUGGGAAAGAAAACUAUAUGAUGAAGUAAAGGCCAGUGAAUCUAUCAGGAAGGAUUAUGAUCAGAAAUGUGACCAACUAAGGCAUCAAUUUGCCAAGGAUCAUAGUGCUCAAGUGAUUGACAAGACACGUGCAGUUGUGAAGGAUCUACAUUCAAGGAUAAUAGUUGCAAUUCAUUCUGUUGAUACAAUAUCAAAGCGGAUUGAGAAAAUGCGAGAUGAAGAGUUGCAGCCUCAACUUCUAGAGCUAAUUCAAGGGCUGAUCAGGAUGUGGAAGGCUAUGCUUGAAUGCCAUCAUGCACAGUACAUCACCAUCUCGUUGGCAUACCAUUCAAGAAAUACAACAGGAACUCCACAGGGAGAUACUCGCAGGCAGAUUGUGGCUCAGCUCGUGGAGGAGAUAGAGUGUUUUGGCCUGAGCUUUGCAAACUGGGUUAACAGUCAUGCGUCCUAUGUGGAAGCCCUCAAUGGAUGGCUGCAAAACUGCAUUCUGCAACCACAAGAGCGUUCCAAGAGCAGGAAACCAUUCUCCCCUCGUCGAGCCCUGGCCCCUCCUAUUUUUGUUCUUUGUCGUGAUUGGUCAGCUGGCAUAAAAGCUUUGCCAUCUGAGGAACUUGGCAAUGCCAUCAAAACCUUCAUAUCUGACCUUUGCCAUUUAAUGGAGCAACAGGUGGAACAAUUACCAAACAAGGAGAAUUUAAUUGAUGAAAAUAAUGGAGAAUCGGGGAGCAAAGAUGAUGAGAAAAAUGAUGAGGCUGCUUCAAGCUUGAGCUGCAUACAAGCAAGUUUGACAAAGGUUCUUGAUAGACUGAACAAAUUUUCUGAGGCUUCACUGAAAAUGUACGAGGACAUUAGGCAGAAAAGUGAAGCAGCUCAAAUAGCAUACUUGAAUUGCAGGCCAGUUAGAUAUUAAAGCUUAUGUAAUUAUAAUAUUUUUGCAUUCACAUGUGUAAUUAUAAAGCAUUUCUAAGUUUGUAGUUGGAACUUGGAAAUGAAAAUAGAUGCUUGUAAAUGCGGGAAGAAUGUGAACAGUUUUUGUAGCA